AUGGCCCCCCGCGCCCCCAAGCCCAAAACCCCAACCCGUCGUGGGCCCUCGGGCUCUACUCGUCGUGGCCGCGGUGCUCGCCGCCCUGCUCUGGAGAAUGUUUUUACUCCCCCUGCCGUCACCACCGAGGAGCUUGACGCACUCCUCGCUGUUGAAGAUUCGGACUUGUCGUCCCUUGAGCCCGAUGCCGACAUGACCGAUCGCCUUGAGUCUGGCCCUGCCGGGGAUGCCACUUCGGCUCCCUUGGCUGAAAACAUGGUGGAGGAUGCCGAUGAGACUCCUCGUCAUACACAGGCCGCCUCUGAGACGCCUGUGCCGGUGGCUUCUGCCCCGGGUAUCCCUGAUGUCCUUCUGUCUGGCGACCAGCCAGACUUUUCGGGAUACUAUGACCCUCAAUCUGGGGCUCCUUUGUGUGCGCUCGGAGCACGCGGUCUACAUCGGUUGACUAGUCAGGAGUCAGCUCGAUUGGCGAGGGUCCCUCCUGCGUACUUUGGUGCCGUCCCUGUGGCGGAUGAACGCUUAGUACUUUGGCAGAGCCACCCCUGUUUGCGUUGUGCAAAACUGGUGGGCCGCCACCAGAAUUUCUGCGUGCGGCGUCUGCCAACGGAAAAGUGUUGUCGCUGUUCCUGUUUGGGAGUAAAAUGCGAUUCUAUACCAGACUCGCAGUUGGCCUCAUUCCGCAUUGUGCAAGCAAUGUUCCGCUUGGGCGUGUCUCCAGAGGCCAUCCGGGCAGCCGCCGAUUGGGUUCGGGUUGUCGAGGGGACGCUCCGUAGGGAGCCAUCCUCGUCACCCUCUCAAUCGCGGAUUCGCUCGCUGGGACCGUCCGAGUCGGACCGAGUCGCAGCAUUGGAAGCCCGCCUUGACCGGAUUGAAGGCACCAUGGGCCAGAUUCUUCAAAUCUUGAAUCGGCAAAAUGAAUAUUUUGGCAUUGCGCCUGCCGCUGUCCCUGCUGCUCCUGCUUCCCCUGCCGCCCGCCGCCAUGGCGGUGUUUUGUGGAGUCCUCCUGCGUGGGGUGGUCCUUCGGGACAGUAG